AUGGUGAAAGCUGGCGUGAAACCAAAACCAAAGAAGAAGGUGAAGACGGCAGGUGUUAAAAAAGGAGGAAAGAAGGUUGUAAAGAAGGAAAGAGCCAAUCAGGUAGUUUUUUUCUGUGUACGUUGUAUAUAAAUUAUGUUUCAGCUCGUCACGCCAAUCAAGAAACGUCUUUCGCAAUUGAAUCAAGAAUGGGUACAGAAAAUCGAGGAGAAGCGGAAGGAAAAAGAGCUCAAUCAUAUAAUGCGGGUCAGCGACGAGGAUACGAAAGAUUCUGUGUGUACCGAGUCGUCGUUCGGUAGCCAGCCGGCUCCUAAAAAGGAGAAGAAGAGGGUAAUUUUAAAUAGGAUCGAUAGAAAUUAAAAGAAAUGUUUUCAGGUUUCAUUCUCUCGUCAAAAUCACACAAAAACGUUCGAAUCCUCGACUCCAAUCAGAAUCAACGAAGGGUCUUUCCCUGAGAGGAAAGAUUUCUCGACUCCGGUGAAGGGGAUCCUGUCGAAGGGCUCUCGAAAAGAGGCCAUGAAGGAAGUUAGUGGAUGACUUUAUUCACGGAUAGCGUGUAAUGGAAAGAAAGCUGUUUUUACUCGCAUAAUUGUUAUUUUGUCACCUUUUUCAAUUUUCUAAUGGAAUUUCAUGAAUUAAAACGUCGAGGAGAGUCGGAAUUUGAGUGUUUUUUAUAAAUUCGCGGUGUUUGAGAGUAUUUUGUUAGGUCUUGCAAUGUUUCUGCGCCUUCUAGAAUUGAAAGUUUCAAAACGGACUGCUGAAAAAUAUGACGGGCUAGAAGAUAAUAAUUUGUCUCCAAUUUGAAGCCACAGAAAAGGAUCUAAUCCACUGAUUCAUCAACGAAAUUGUUUUUUCCUGUGAUAUUUUUGUUCUCAUUGUGAUAUUAAACAAUAAAGUUCAUUUUUGUAUCAUUUUCUAGGUAGUUUGAAGGCACAGAAGUAUUGUAUGAUCUAAAGUAAGGCGGAUAAAGGCUCGAGACCUUCUGUUUUCCACCUCUCAGCUUUAUUAUAAACUGAAUUUUAGGCAAAGUUGCUGAUAAGUGAGCCCUCCAACGAGAAAAAGCCACCUCUAAAGCGGAGAAAAACGGAAAAUGAAGAUUUUGCCGAAGAAAAUAAGGAAAACGGCCCAGAAACAAACGAGGCUUUCAAAACGAAGAAAAGAAUCUCGAUUCGGGUAAUUUUCAAAAAGUGUAUUUGGAAAUGGAAAUCGUGUUUUAGGUGACGAAAAGCGUGAAAGAACAGCUCCUGCAAAUGAAUAAAAAGGAUCGGAAAGCGUUUUUGCGCACUUUGCACGCCAAAAAGAACCCGCAUCUGGAAGCGGCGGAGAAAAGCAAAGCGUUGUGGGAGAAAAUUCGAGCGUUAGUUGUUUUCAAGGGUUUUUAUCGAUAAUUUGAACAAAACCCGGAAUUUCAAUUCGAAAAUAUUUUUUUCUCACCAAGAAAGUAGUUAUUUUGGAAGUUAGAUUUGUUUCCCUUCAUUUUUUGAUAGUGAUCCCUAGAGGGAUUUUAGUUCUCAAUGAAUAAGCAUUAUUUGAAAAAAAUAAAUUGAUCAAGUCUGUCCCUUUUUAACUUUCAAACUAAUACAAAAAAAUCAAGAAAUCCUGUAGAAGCCACUUGAGCUGUACGGGCUAGUGGGUUAGAUCCUAAGCCCUAUAAAAAAACUAAAAAUUUUGCCCCCUACACACGAAAAAAGCUGCAUUUUUCGCCAUUAAAAUAAUUGAUCAAAAAAAUUUCGAUUUUUUUGCGAAUUUUUUUAACUUUCUGUCCCCUCAAUUAUGCAGCUCUUACUGUGAAUUUUACCAAAUAUAUCAAAAUUUCAGAGAAAAAACGCCAGAAUCGGUUAAGGAAAAGUGCAUCACGGAACUGGUCGGCCUUGUGAAGGUUUGAAAAAAACUGCUUGCCAAAUAGAAGUGAAAAAUUUUCCAGGGAAUCGCAAAAAAUUUGAUCUACGCUCAUGACACUUGCCGAGUUAUCCAAUGCUUGGUGAUGACCGGCCGUGAAGGAAUUAUCAAAAAUUGUAUUUUUAUCAGAUUUUAUCGGUUUGUAAAUUUUUUCUGUUUUAGUGUUCGAAGAACUGAAGCCGGAACUGCAGACGAUGGCCAAGAGCACAUAUGCGAAGUUUUUCGUCCAGAAACUCCUGAAAAAUGGGUAUUUGCAUAGGAAAAAUGCCUUCGAGUGGGAGAACUUUCAUAUUUUCAGGUCAAAAGAACAAAAGCAGGAAAUUUUGGACAAAUUCAAGGGCCAUGCGUCUUCGAUGUUGCGGAAUUCGAACGCGGCAAAGGUGAAUUUUUAGGGAAUUUUUAAGAGAAUUUCGGGAAGAAAUAAGGAUUUUUUUGAUUAUUUUCUACGAAAAAAAUUGAGGAUUUUUUUGAAGUAGGUUAGGUAAAUUCCUGUUUUUUCAAAAUUGAUGAUUCAUUUUUUUCAAUAGAAAUAUUGUAGAAAAAAAAUGAGAAAUUUGUGAUUAAAUCCCACGAAAAAAAUUGGGGGCGUUUUUGAAGUAGAUUUAGAUAUUUCCUUGUUUUUUUAUUGAAAUUAAAAAAAUUUAUUAUUAUUUUUCUUCGUUUCAAUAGGAAUAUUGCAGAGAGAGAAGAAAUUUCUGAUUUGAUCCUACGAAAAGUUGGGGAGUUUUGAAGUAGAUUUAGAUAUAUCCCCGUUUUUAAUUGAAAACUUCUUUUUAUUUUCUUUGUUUUAGUAGAUUCCUGCAGUUAUUUUUCUAAUUCAUUAUAUAAAUCAUCUUAAAUUUGCUACAAGAUGAAUAAUUUUUGGAAUAUUUCUUUCUGGAGGGUUUAUAUACAAGAAUUAUGCCAAUUUUUUGAUUUUAUCACGUAAAUAAUGUCCUUGAAAGGUUAUUUCUCUGUAAAAUCGUUCGAAAAAAUGUUUUUUUUUGGAUUUUCUUGUUCAGACUUAGACAGUAUUUUAUUUUAAGAAAUUUCAAAAUUUUUUUCUCGAAUUUUUUCGCCCUGAUGCUGUCCCAAUUUUUUGAAAAUCUUCCUGAAAUUAUAAUCUUAAGAUUCUGGAAUUCGCGUACAAUGACGUGGCCAACGCCGCACAACGUGCGGAUAUCAUGUUCGAAUUGUACGGACGCGAUAUGACCCGAUACAGGGUUUGUUUUGGAAUUUAUGGAAACGAAAUUAAAAUAUUUUCCUCUCAGGAAGACUGCAAAGACCUCAAAGGUCUCCUGGAAAUCGCCCCGGAGAAAAAGACGGUCAUUAUCAACCACAUGGAAGAAAUCGUCGACGCCCUUGUUUCCAAGUGAUUUCGAGACAUUUUAUUAUCGGUAAAAUGAAGUAUUUUUGCAGAGAAACUGUUCAAUACUCGCUGACGCACCGACUCAUGCUUGAAUACUUUGAAAAUUGCGACGACGAACGGAAAACGAGCCUCCUCGGCUCGUUGGCUGACAAAAUCCCGCACAUGGUCCACACGCCGGAAGGCUCGAAACUCGCCAUGCAGUUGAUUUGGUUCGCCCCGGCCAAGGAGAGAAAGGUUAGAGGGGUGGAAAUUGUACAGGGAAUGAACAAAGACUAAAAUAGAUAAAUUAUUUUGACACGAUAGAUAAAUACGAAAAUAGAUAGGAAUAAUGCCUCAAUAAGAUCAAUUUUCUACUUUUUCCGGUCAAAAAUGUAGCAAAAUUAGGUUUUUUUGAUGUAAAGAGGCAGGUACAGCAAAACAUAAAAAUGAACUUUCAACUUCAGGGAGGUAGGUUUGGGUUCAUUUUUCUUGUUUUAAUUCCAGUUUUUGCGAGGUAGUUUCGGGUUUUAUUUGGGGAACUUCAGGGAGGAAAAAAAAUUGAUUUUUCGACACUUUUUUUGGUAAAUUUUGAAUUUUCGCUUUCUUUCAUUGGCUAAAUGAAUCGAAUGAUGCCCAAGGAGGAAUUUAGAGAGAAAAAAAGUGAAAAAUUAAAUUGCAAAAUGUCGAAAUACUGUUAAAUUUUCGCUUUUUACGGUCGAAAAUUUAGAAAAAGUUAGGUUUAAAUUGGGCAAGUAGAUCACUUGGCAAAAAACUUUCAACUUCAGAGAGUUAUUUUUCGGGUUUAUUUUAGGGAACUUCAGUGAGAACAAAUAUUUUGGCUGAGUGUUAAUGGAAUAAGAAAGACAAAAAUAUUGUUCCCAUUGUAAGUUUGAAAGGUAGAAAGUAUUUUUGGUAGUUAGAACGAAAUAUUUUUGGUUGACUUUUCGAUUUUUUCAGUCAAUUUGCUGGACUUUGGAUCGAAUGAGUCCGAGAAGAAUUAUAGAGAAAAAAAGGUUUCAAAGAAAUUUACCAUUUUAGGAGAUAAAAUUUGGUUGGUAAAUUCUCCACAAGAAGAAAAAUUCGAAAAUUAAAGUUGAAACUGAAAAAUGGGAAAAAUUCUAUAUCAGGGAUGAUUUUUGGUCAGAUAAAUAUUUUUUUAAGGCCCAAAAGGCCGUCAUUCUGUGUAGAAAUCUUUAAAGCUCUCCGAAUUUCACUCAUUUUCAGCUGAUUGUGAAGAACUUCAAAGGCCUGGCUGUGAAGGCGGCUCUCGAACACUACGGUUACCGUGUCCUUUUGGCGAUUUUCGAUACGGUCGAUGAUACUGUUUUGGUCAAUAAGUACAUUGUUUCGGUAAGACUUAUGAAACUAAUCAAAUGAAAUUGAUGAAUUUCCAGGAAUUGGGCAAUGAGAUCAGCAAGGUGAUCGAGGACAAGUACGGGGAGCUCGUAAUUCGGUAUCUUGUUCACCCACGGGACGCUCGAAUGACUGGAAUGGCUCCGUAUGCCUAUUUGUCGAGGGUAACUUUUCAAUAAGAUGGAAAAUUGAAUGAAUUUGAUUUUUGUUCUACCAGUGAAAAUGUUCGAGUACAUUUUUUAUUGGUAACAAAAAUGGGUAUUUACAAAAAGGGGGGUAUAUAGGGCUGAAAAAUAUUAAAAGGUACAGAAAAAUGUGGAGUUUAGAGAUUGUUGAGAUAAGAAUGAAAUUUGGAACAUUUCAGAACCGUCCCGAAAUAAAUAGAACAUCCGAGAAAGGUAAAAAGAAAUUGAGAAGAUUCUGGGAGUUUCAGAAGAAAAAUCUUUACAAAUGUCCCCUAUGAUGUAAUCAUCAUCAGGAACUUUGGAAGUAUGAAGAACAACCGCCUUUAACGAACCAAAAAUCAAAACGUGUAGUUGAUCAAGCUGAAAACAUGGUCUUGGGGUCUUUCGCCUCGUUCUUUUGCGCUUUUUAGAGAACUACUCGGGUACGCGUUUCGAGUUGAAACUUUGGUGGCUUAUAGACCUGGGUAAGAGUACUUGGAAACAAGAGAGAUUAUCUACUAAACCCCAUAGACUUAUGAGAAAAAGCUUUUUGAAAAUGAACAGUUCAUGCGUGAAAUCUACAAAUUUCUGUUUUCCUCCUUCUUUUGGCUGGAAAAAAGUUUUUUAGAGUUUGUCAUAGCCGGAUUAUUCAAUGCGAUUGUAUUAAAAUAUAAAUAGGGUAAAAAGUAGUAUUCUGAGAGAUUUUCAGAUUUUCUACUAUUUUUUUCUCAUUCCUUUUUGGGGUUUAUAAAAAUUAAAGAUAGAACAUUCCAGAAAUUUAGAGACCCGUGGAAAACUAUAGAAAAUUCGAGAACAAUGUGAAACAUUUUAGAAAGCUAAAAAAUGGUUUAGAACAUUCUAGAAUCAGUAAUAAUAUAAACGUCAUCUCCAACAAUUUCAUAUUCAAUUCAGGGCGAUGGAAACCCUCACUCGAAGAAGCCCAGAGAAGACCGCUACCAGCAGUUGUACGAGGGAAUCAGCGAGGCACUCUACACGUUCCUCGUCGCCAACAUGGAGCAAGUUUUGAUGGAAUGGAGGAAAAAGACCUUCGUCGGAGCCUGCUUCGAGACUCCGAGUGAGUUUCUUUUCUCCAGAAGGCAAAUUGAAUCCAAACUUGGUGAAAUUUCAUGUUAAAUUGUAAACAAUGGAUGAGGUUCUUGAUUUUUAACGAUUUUAUUGGUUUUAGAGAAAAUCGAUUUUUAAAUAAGUUUGUCGAGAAGGAUGUAUGGAUUCUUAAGAAAAAUGGAAUGUCUUUCCUUUCGGAAAAAGCAAAUUAGGACCCCAUUUUGGAAAUCGCAAGCAAGUGUUCACUAAAAAAGUGAAAAAAUUACUUGAAGGAUCAUUUAAUGGAUCCCAAGCGUUCGAAAGGACAGGUUUCAUUUUGACCCCUCAGAGAAAGCUAUCGAUAUAAUCUUGAGAUUUUUCCAUCUCUCAGAUUUUUUUCAGUUUUUUUCGUAGCCUUUAAUAUGAAAUUUCCAAAAACAGGCUUUUUUUCAUUAUUUAAUCGAUUUUGAAUUUUCCAGCUGUCCACGACUUGUUCCCGCGAAAUGUGCCCAAAGAAUACCGGAUACCUUGCUACAAGGCGAUUGCUGAGAUCGCAAAGAGGGUAAGGAAUAGGGGAGAACAUUUUCAAAAUAUUCAUGGAAAAAAAAACGAAAUUUUGGGUAUGAUGGAUGUCUCGAUUUUCACAAAGAAAAUUAAAAAACAAGAGAAUUCAGAAUGAAAUUUGAGCCGUGUUAGUUCAUUUCAGCUUUUUUUUGAUCAACUAAUUUUUUAGGGGUUUAUCGAAUGAGGUGAUUAUGAAUUUCUUGAGCUUUAUUAUUCUGCAGCUGGAAAUCUCUACUAUCCGAUUUUCUGAGAAAUAUUACCACUUUUUUUCUAGGAGUUCGUUCCCAUGGACAAUCCUUUACACAUGAUUGAGGACCCAUCUGGAAAUUUCAUCUUGAUUGGACUUCUACGGUUGGUUUCUCCUAUAAAAUCGUCAACUUCGUUAUUUUUCAGUUGUGACAAGGAUUUGGCGGCUGAGGAACGACUUUCGACGGCUCUCGCCGAGACUUUGACGGACGAGGAGCUCGGCUCAUGGAUCGCGUGUAAUAAGGUGAUUGAAAAAGUUAUGAAGCGUGCUUUUUUGACUUUAAAUUUAGCCUUUAAACUGGCUCUAGUUUAGGAAGUAUCUGCGCUCCGUGGAUAAUCAGAGCUUUUGUUGUUCUUGGGAACUUGACAGUGGCCCCUAUAUUUUUUGACUUGAUAAUUAGGUUUUACUAAAGCUUGCGAAAGUGGUCCCUAUAGGUUUUUUAGUUAGCGGCCAUUAUAGGGGUCAUGCUAUUCGAUAAUUGUUCCGGACUCUAUGCGAAGAAACGUUUCCAUGAAAGACUGAAUAAAAAAGCUUUUUUUUUUUAAGGACAUGGGUAGACCCCUAUAGGGCCCACUUGAUCUUUGGGACCUUAGGAGCCAGGCCUUAAAUCCCUAUAGGCACCAACUUAAUCUCACCCCUUUAGGGACCAAUUUUUCGCCCCUAUAGGGUUUGUUAAGAGCGUUUAAGUGACCAAUUUAGUAGCGUCAUCAUUCUUAAGUGAUCCCUAGAAAUGCUCAGAAACGUCCGGAGCGAAUCCGAGUAGAAGCUUAGAAAAAAGAAAACUCAAAUGUUAGCGUUAGAGCGCAUUUUCUCUCUUUGUAGAACACUUUUGGAGAAGAUUUCCUUCUUUUUUUUCACAAAACAUGAAGAUCCCAAUGUAAAAAAAACAUUCAAGUUGCGGCGUACGGGCUAUACCUUGUAAAAUUGUUUUCUUUGUAAUAAGAAGUUUUACAAUAAUUUCGUGAUUUCCAGGGUUGUCACAUUUUGGCGAGGAUGUUCGACCUCGGAUCGCCCAAAGUCGUUUCCAAGAUCCGGAAGUGCAUCCACAUGAGGCGGCUCGAAGGCUACACGUUCGUUGGAGCGAAGAUUCUGCGCGAAAAGCUCAACGGCACUUAUAAAGAAGACAAACGCUCACAAUAA